AUGGAAGCGUUAAUUGACUCGCAGAACGAGUUGCAUGGGCGCAUCGCCCGCUCCUUCGAGAAUUUGAAGAAAACGGGCGCGGCCCGCACUACUCGAGGGCUGGUGGAGGCCCGUCUGCAGAGUCUCGAGACCAACUGGCAAAAAUUCGAAGCCCAGCAUGCCACGCUGACAUCAGACUUCAAAAGGGAACUCGCUACGCACGCAUACCAAAAGGGGUGCUUGCGUGACGUAGCUGAGGAAGCAUUCCUCACUCAAAAGGGUAUGUUCAUCGACGCCUUAUACGAGCUCCAAGAACCUCCGUUAGCAGCGGUACCGACUGCGACUCCGUCGCGUUCGCCGCGAACGACGCUGCCGAGGAUCCAGCUGCCUCAAUUCUCAGGACGCUACGAGGACUGGCCGCCCUUUCGCGACCUUUUCAACUCCCUCAUUGGGAAGGAUGCGGCCACUAGUCCCGUUGAGAAGCUGCAUUAUCUCAAGGCCAGUGUAAAGGGGGAUGCGGACCUGCUGAUACGGAAUCUACCGACGACGUCUGAGAAUUAUGGCCGGGCUUGGCAGGCGCUGACGGACUUCUACGAGAACAAGAGACUCUUGGUGCGUUCCUACCUUCACCAGUUCAUGGCCCUGACUAAGUUGAAGAGUGAGUCUGCUUCGGAACUACGUAAGUUGUACCACUGCGUUUUGAAUACCGUCAGCUCGCUCGAAGGCAUCGAGAGACCGAUUACUCGCGGGGAGGAUCUUUUCGUGCAUCUCGUCGUCGAGCUUCUUGACGCCCGAUCGCGCCGCGAAUGGGAGGCUUCUAUGAGCGAUACAACGGAACCUCCGUCGUACGAUGAUCUACAGAUCUUUUUGGAGAGACGGUUGCAUACUUUAGAGUCGCUUCAACCGGUCAGGCCCGAGCCCGCGAAAGCCGAGGUGACGGCGUCUAAAACAACGCGAGCCCUUCACGCGCGUAAACAGGACAAUAAGGGCGGACGUUGCUCCUUGUGCGGUAAGGAGCAUUAUAUUCUCUGGUGCGACGUUUACCAAAAAAAGACUGCCGACGAGAGAAAGCGUCACGUGGAGGCCAACCACUUGUGCCUCAACUGUCUUGGAAGACAUAAAUUGAGCGAUUGCCACUCCAAAGGGACUUGCUCGACGUGUAGUGCGCAGCACCACACGAGCCUCCACGAGGCUUUCCAGACAAGUGUCGCCUCAACAACGUCACAUUUGGCGCAGCAUCCACCGGCUCUUCCGGUUGCUGUCCUCCUUGCUACCGCCCGCGUUCGUGUUCUCGAUCGGUGCGGGGCCAUUCAUACGGCGCGUGCGCUCGUGGACCAGGGUUCGGAGUCAUCUUUGGUUUCCGAGUCUCUGGCUCAACGCCUUCGAUUACCGCGGUCCUCUACGUCGAUCGCGAUAUUCGGUGUCGGGGGGAAACAGACAGGCACCGCGCGCGGCCUCAUCUCCAUGCAGAUCUCUCCGCUGACGGGAGGGGCUCCAAUGACCGUGCCGGCCUUAGUGUUUCCCCAGCUCACGCUCUACGACAGUGGGAUCAAAGCGGAUCCUAAAUCUUGGACGCAUCUGGCGGCCCUGGAGUUGGCGGACCCUGAUUAUCUGGCCGCGGAUCCGAUUGACAUCCUGCUCGGCGCAGAUGUCUACGCGUAUAUCCUCCAGCCGGGCCUACAAAAGGGCGGACCCAACGAGCCGGUCGCCCAGCAGACGUCGCUCGGCUGGAUCCUUUCGGGAGCCGUUAGCUCCGCUAAUUCCUCUCGCCGCGCGCUAACUCUCCACUGCCGAGUCGAGGAGGACUUGGCUACGCUGGUCGAAAAAUUCUGGCAGCAGGAUGAGCUUGCCGACCGUUCGUCACCUCUUACCCCUGCUGACCAGGAGUGCGAGGAUCAGUUCCGCCAGACUCAUCGUCGCGCUGCUGACGGGCGUUAUGUCGUACGUCUUCCCGUCAAACCACCGUUACCGGAUCUCUCGCGUACGCGACACACGGCCCGGCGCGUGCUUACAAACAUGGAGCGGCGGUUCUCUCAGGACGCGCGGCUGCGGCAACUGUACGUCGACUUCCUCCGCCAGUACGAGGACAUGGGCCAUAUGACUCCGUUGAAUGGCUCGAAGGGUGCCGGGGGACCUGUGAGCUACCUCCCGCACCACGGCGUGUUGCGGGAGUCCAGCACGACGACCAAGCUGCGCGUCGUGUUUAACGGCUCGACCGCGACUUCUUCGGGCGACUCGCUGAAUCGUCACCUCCUGGUGGGUCCGAACCUGCUUCCUCCUCUAGCCGAUGUACUUCUCCGUUGGCGAGUGCAUCGCUUCGUACUCGCCACGGACAUCGAGAAGAUGUACCGGCAGAUCAUGGUACAUCCUGACGAUCGGGAUCUGCAGCGCAUCGUCUGGCGGUACAAUCCGCAAGAGGAGUUCCGUGAGUACCGUCUGAACACGGUUACAUACGGCCUUGCGUGUGCGCCGUUCUUGGCUAUGCGCGUCUUGCGGCAGCUCGCCGACGAUGAGGAAACGCGCUACCCCCUCGGUGCCGCCGUGAUUCGGAGGGACGUCUACAUGGACGACGUCCUUACGGGAGCCGACUCGCUCACGGACGCCCGCGAGCUCCUUCAUCAACUAGUCAAUCUCUGCUUGGCGGGCGGCUUUCCAUUGCGUAAGUGGUCAGCCAACGAUAUGAGGUUGAUGGACGACGUUCCUGCGGAGCAUCGGAUGAAUGGCGAGCUCCGAGACUGGCGACCUCACGAAGCGCACUCUACGCUUGGCUUGCGGUGGCAUCCUAGCCAAGAUCACUUCUCCUUUUCGACCAAGGGUAUUUCUAUUGCAGUUGUGACCAAGCGGUCCGUGCUAUCUCUCACGGCACGGCUGUUCGAUCCCCUCGGUUGGCUGGCGCCCGUGGUGGUGAGCGCUAAGAUUGCAUUCCAGGCUACGUGGCGUCGAGGAUUGGGCUGGGACGAGCCGUUGGAGGAGGCCUCCACCCGGAGUUGGCUCAAAUAUCAGGCUGCGCUUCCCCUGCUCGAGGAGAUCCAGAUCCCUCGCUGGAUUGGUCCGGUCUCUACUGGGCGCGUCGAGAUCCACGGAUUCUGCGACGCCUCGGAGUUGGCCUACGCUGCCGUUGCUUACCUGAGGACGGAGCAUUCUGGGUCUUGGCGUGCCCGCUUGAUCGCGGCUAAAACGAAGGUCGCGCCAAUCAAGCAGAUAAGUCUGCCACGCUUGGAACUCUGCGCAGCCACGCUCUUGGCCCGGCUCGUGGCUCAUGUCCGUUCUACGCUGGAUCUGGGCGGGGCCCCCGUUCAUCUCUGGUCGGACUCGACCGUGGCUCUAGGCUGGAUCCAGGCCCAUCCGUCGCGAUGGCACACUUUCGUGGCGAACCGCGUGGCCGAAAUCCAGACCACGGUCGCGAGCGCCGGGUGA